AUGCUACCUUUUGUAGCUCCAGACACGGCACUGGACAUGUCAUCAGCUCAGCAGUGCAAUGGCUUUGGUGACUUUGAUUUAUUUAUUGACAGCAUAAAUGGGUCCCAUGGUAACGGUCUAUCGUCCUUUUAUGUCGAUCAGCCUAUUUUACCAUCACCCCCAGCUCCACUCUUCCCUAGCGUUGGAUCGCGACAUGAACCGCAUGACCUCGGUUCCAGUCAUUCUGGGUCAAAUACAAUAUUGCCAUCCGAACCUCGGCUCUUUGAUGAAUUUACAUCCACACUACCCACAUUCGGAUCUUCUCACACUACAAAGGGUAAAAAAGAACCUUGGAAAAUCACUCAGCAAGACUGGGUCUCUAUCUCGACUGAAGCUCAGGAAUUCGCUUCAGUCAUUCCUCAAGGCUUCAUUCUUCCUUCACGACACACCAUGACUCGAUACAUUAAUACCUACUUUGCUGGCUUUCACCGUCAUCUUCCCUUCAUACAUUUCCCGACAUUUUCGGCUGUGCGAUGCCCUGUUGAAUUGAUUCUAGCCAUGGCUACCAUCGGUGCGAUAUCAGCAUUUGAUAAAAGCAAUGCUACUAUGCUAUUCCGAGCGUCCCUUGCCAUAUCCCAAGAGCGGCUUCAUCGUCGCAAAAGGCAACGCCACGGUGUGAUAUUUCAUUCUAAUACAACACUUCCCAAAGUGCAGCGAACAAGCACAACUGAAAAUACCCCUGAUACUAACACGAAUAUUCACCUCGAGGCAACUUCAUCAAAGGCACAAACUUCUCGGUUUGGCCUGCUUCCACUUGCGCAGGCUUUGCUUAUAUUGAUGGCAAUGGCAACCUGGGGAAAUUCAGAGGAUAUAUUCGAUGAGGCAAUAGGGAUACAGAGCAUUCUGGUCAAUUAUAUGAGGACCGAGAAGCUCCUGGAGCCGCAAAUCCUCUCAGGAGACUCAGAAUGGGCCAUGUGGAUUCAAGAAGAGGGCUUCAGAAGAACUGUCGCAAUUAUUUUCUGCUUCUUCAUAUUUCAUACAAUUGUUUACGACGUCCCGCCUCCUAUUCUCAACUCAGAGCUCAAUAUAAACUUGGCUUCGCGCGAGAAGGACUGGGAAGCAAAAACCGAAAAUGAGUGGCGACAAGCCCGCAGCAAACAUGAGGCUGAACCACAUUUUCAAUCGACUUUCACAUUGCUGUUUUCAUCGCGAAAAGAAAUCGUUCGAAAUCACAGUUCUUCAUUAGGUGGUUACACUUUGAUUCUGGCGCUGAUUCAGCACAUCUACUUCUUGCGAACGGUAGCAAAUCGUAGGCCAGAGGGUGAACAAGGGCUUUCUCCGGCAAAUAUGACUGAGGUAGAAGGAGCAUUGAAGAAUUGGCAAACCGGAUGGAAUCAAGAUCCAGAAUCCUUUCUCGGGCCAGGGAGCCCGUUGGGCCCUAUCUCUUUCAACUCAACUGCCUUGCUGCGCAUGGCCUAUAUUCGACUCAAUGUGGACCUUGGUCCGUGGCGCGCUCUGAACACCCAUAUUCCCCAUGAAAUCGCGACUUCCAUAUAUCGAAGUCCACCCCUAGUCACGAACCGCAGACUCACCCGUGCAGUGCUUUACUCGGCCCAUGCACUUAGCAUUCCAGUCAAAAUUGGGGUGAAUAUUGUGGCUCACAAUCAAGCCUUUUCAUGGUCGCUUCAACACUCACUAUGUGCCCUUGAGUGUGCUUUUAUCAUUAGCAAGUGGCUGAUUGCCAUAAAACCCCAUGUCUCUGAGGGGACCAUUGACGAAGAGGAAGCCAGACUAUACGCCUACAUCGUGGAUAUGGUCACGGAAGCAGAGGCCGGAGGUGAGAUCGAACCAUCUUCCACUACUGAUCUUUGCACUCGAGUCGUCAGAAUUUGGGCAAGAAUGUUGAGUGGAACAGCUCAUUGGAACGUGGUACCUAUGAUUGGGAAGAUUUUGGAGGCCUAUGCCGGCAUUUUAGAAUCGCCUUCCGCAUACAAUCAAUAG